AUGGUUGAAUGGAAUUCGAGAAGGUUUGUGGCUGAAACUUCAAACAAGUCCAGCUAUCUAAUAUUGGCAGCGAAUAGAACCCACAGAAGAGACCCCUCUGAUGGGUUUAAAUACUACAAUGGUGGGUGGGAUAUUGCAAAUCCCCAUUACUUGUAUUCGGUGGCUUUUUCGGCAGCGCCCCCGGUUAUCAUUGCUGGAAUUUGGCAAGAACAUUAUGGCUAUUCUCGAACUGCCUAUGCUUUCUCCCUUAUUUUCCUUAUCGCCUUCACCAUUGUGGCUAUAGCUGGAAUUGGAUUUCUGUAUACGGGUCAAGAAAAGUUCCAAAAUAGCAUAGUUGACACACUGAGUUAUCUUCUGCACGAGGCAGAUACCAUCAUUGUGAAUCUCAAGAAUUUGUUUGAUAAUCUUCUGUCUGCUAAGAAUGUUGCAGUUGGACAGAGUUCAUUAACUGCCGAAUACCAAAAUUCCAUCGACGAUAUUGGAAAAACGAUCAACAUUGUUUCUGAUGAAUUUCGUAAUGUAACUGGCAAGAAUUCUAAUGAGAUACGGAGUUUCUUGGAUCCCAUGAGGUGCACCCUAAUUUAUGUUGCCGUUGCUAUGCUUAUUUUGGCAUCUCUAGGAUUUUGUAAGCUACCAUUUGCUGUCCAUUCUCGGACUGCAGUGUCUUGUUUACUGCUUAGUGAUCAUUGGAUGGAUUCUUGUGGCGGGAACGUUCAUCAUGAGUGGCAUGUUUCUCCUUGUACACAAGAAGCUCUCCAUCAGCUUUUCCCGUCAUGUGAUACAAAGCAUGAUAAAGAGAACAUGAAAAGAAUUGUCAUGAGUUCUGAAGAAGAUGAAGAAAAAGUGCUUUCUUUGGUGGAGGCGAGUGAGAAGUAUUUUUCGGAGGAUGUAGAACUUUAUUAUGAGAAAGAAAAUGUUUUUUUGACCAUCGUAUUCCUGGCAUUUCUUUGUGUAAUCGUGGAUUAUGUUCUUAUGCUUCUUCGAUUUUGUCCUUUGCACUCUAGUGUGGUUGCGGACAGUUGCAUUGCAAUGGAUGAAUGGCUUCUGAACCCUGCCGCUGAUUCAGCUCUUGGAAAUAUACUCCCAAAAGUAGACAAUGAAACUGCCCAAGAAAUAUCAUCAGUGACCAAGGGGACAACCUUUGGAAUCAUCAAUGUGCUUAACGGUGCCAUCAACAAUGUCUCCAAUGCCAACAUUCCUCCAGAAUUGGGACCUCUGUAUUACAAUCAAUCUGGUCCAUUGAUGCCUGUCCUUUGCAACCCGUAUAAUAAGGAUCUUACUGAUCGGCAAUGUGCGACUGGUGAAGUGGACUUCGCAAAUGCAUCAAAGGUGUGGCGGCACUAUAUCUGUCAGGCUUCAGCAGCCGGAAUUUGCACUACACCAGGUCGUCUUACCCUCGAUCGUUACUCGCAGAUGACAGCCUCAGUAAAUGUCAGCUAUGGCUUGUAUUGCACCAGCCCGUUCCUGCUCAACUUGACAGACUCCACUUUCCUGAAACAAACAUUUGCUGAUAUCAGUAAAGAUUAUUGUCCAAGUUUGAGGCAAUACACGCGUUGGAUGUACAUUGGGUUCAUCACGUCUUCUAUUUCUGUAAUGUUUUUACUCGUCUUGUGGAUAGUCUACGCUCGAGAACGAAGGCAUCGUAUAUAUACCAAACGGGUAAUGACUAGGCCCCCUGGAAUUCAUUUUGAUAGGGAUAAGGCUCCCUAA